ACAUGUACCAAUAAAAAAGGUUAUUUAUCAUUUGCCAUAAUAAUAGACCAAAAACCAAAUAGUACAAAGUGAACCAACCACCUCUCAUUCUAUCAAUGUUCGUAGAAGAGAGGGAAGAAGUUGGUGGUUAGUGAAAAGGAAGGAAAGAGUCUAUGAGCUACCAUAUCUAAUCUAAUAUGCAUAACAACUAACCACAACAACAAUGGCUCGUAUUUCAACACUUUAUCUCCUCGCUUACAACUCUUUUCAAGCAAUUGGAUGGGCCGUUUCGUUAACCAUCAUUUUGUUCAAUCUUCUCUCCACUUCCUCCGUCACCGGAACUUUUACUUCCGCCGGAACGUUAAUUUGUUUUCUGCAAUCUGCUGCAUUCUUGGAAGUCAUACACGGUGCCAUUGGACUGGUUCCAAGUGGAGUGUUGCUUCCUAUGCUGCAAUGGUCGGGAAGGACUCACUUUGUGCUUGCCAUUGUUAGGGGAAUUCCUGAGGUCCAGGAGUUACCUUCUGUUUUUAUCACUUUUCUUGCAUGGAGCAUAGGCGAGGUCAUUAGAUAUUCGCAUUAUGCUUUCAGUUGCUUGGGAAACUGUCCUUCUUGGAUCACCUAUAUCAGGUACACUGCGUUUAUUGUGCUGUAUCCUUUGGGAGUGUUUCCUGGAGAAGUAUGGGCGAUGUACCAGGCGCUUCCAAUUAUAAAAAAGAAUAAUAUCUAUGCAGAUUCCUUUUCAAGCCUCCCAUUUAGUUAUUAUGAUUUUCUUAAGGUCGUAAUUGUAGUUUAUCCAUUCCUCUGGUUCAAACUAUACCUGCAUUUGUUCAAGCAGCGGCGUUCGAAACUUUAUAAACGACAUGACAAGAAAAGAGCAUGAGGAGCAUUAUUCUUGGUUUUUAGUUAAAGACAGAUAAUAUAACUUUCUGUACCACUGUAGAAUUGAUUCUGAAAUUCAUUUGCAUCUAUAAUAUUUCCUAUGAUUGGAUAACAAUUGUACCAAAUAAUUGAAUUGUGUUAGCAAUAAUGAUUGAGAUUGUAGGAGCUAAAAGAUUUGUAACAUUGUGCCUGCAUUAUUCUGCAGUGCCCAGAUUUCUACCUUGUAGAUAAUGAUACGACUCCUGGGCCUAGUAACAAUGUUACCUCAAGUCUAUGUUUGAGACUUUAUUCCUUUGUAGUAUGUAUGACUUUCGUUUUAAUCUUGCAAGUUGAAAGGUUCGAUGCAUUUUUUAUA